AACUAAUUUCACUCGCUUGGAACAAUCUCUGCCCAAUCAGCAGAAACCCACUCAGCAGAAGGUCAAAGCGUAAACAAACGGCGGCGUGGUGCAAAAACGGAAAAUUCUGGUUUCGGAAAAUUCAGAAUGUCGGGGAUUCUGUUCGAAGAUAUCUUCAACGUGAAGGACCUGGAUCCGGAGGGUAAAAAGUUCGACCGAGUGAGCCGGUUGCACUGCGAGUCGGAAUCGUUCAAAAUGGAUCUGAUUCUGGAUAUCAACUCGUGGCUGUAUCCGAUGGAGCUGGGAGACAAAUUCCGCCUUGUGCUGGCCACAACGUUACACGAAGACGGCACAGCCGCCAGCAUGGAGUACAACGCGGCCGAGAUCGAAGGGUCUCGGGCGGACAGUUUUGAGUACGUUAUGUUCGGUAAGGUGUACCGGAUUGAGGGAGACGACGCACAGACCGAAUCCUCCAAUCGACUCUCCGCGUACGUGUCUUUCGGCGGGCUUUUGAUGCGACUGCAAGGGGAUGCAAAUAAUUUGCAUGGCUUCGAAAUAGAUCAAAACAUGUUUCUGCUUAUGAAGAAGUUGGCGUUCUAAAGUAAGAGAGUUUGUUUAAAGUAAUCGGUGGAUGGAAAAUAAAUGCAAUAUUCACCAACGAAGCUAGCCUUGAGACCUGUUGCGUGUUGCUAUCGGUCCGUUUGGGAAAGCCGGAUCCAUAGGUAGAUAUUCAACAAAACACUUCCUAUCAGUAUCAAUAUCACUAGCAAAGUCGUGAAAAAGCU